AUGUCGAAUGUAGCAGUGUCAAGACGUGAGAAGCAGUUACUGACUCACUACCCCGAGCCCGUGACUGCCCUCGCCAUGUCUGGAUGGGGCGAGGCGAGCAAGAACCGCCGACAGAGCACGAUCCACUCGUACACCCUGCAGAACUACCACAGCCUCCCGCAGGACACCAAGACGCUGAGGACCGUGCAGGAAAUGACGUCACCGAAGGCGAUGAAGAACGUCAUCGUCCUCAGCGUGGCCUUCAUGUUCAUCUUCACGGCCUUCGUGUCGCUGCAGAGUCUUCAGAGCACCUUACACCCUGGCGGCGUCGGCGUGGCGUCGCUCAGCUGCAUCUACGGCACGACGGUGCUGUCUUGCCUGCUGGCGCCGUGGCUCAUCAACAAGCUGUCGACGAAGUGGACGAUGGUGAUCAGCUUCGUCCUCUUCAGCGGCUACUUCACCGCCAACUUCUACCCGACUCACUGGAUCCUGCUGCCCUGCGCCGUCAGUCUGGGUCUGCUGGCCGGACCGCUGUGGAGCGCGCAGGCCACGUACCUGACAACGCUGGCGCUGACGUACUCCCAGCACAUGAACAUACAGGAGCCCGACGGCAUCAUCAACAAGUACAUGGGCAUCUUUUGCGGAUUCUACAGGAGCAGUCAGAUCUGGGGCAACCUCAUCUCCACACUGGUGCUCUCUCACAACAGCAGCCACGCUGCCGCCGUGACCUUGCUCGCAGACGACAACCAAAACUUUAGUCACUGUGGCGCGCGCGACUGCCCGUCCUCGUGGUCGUCUGAAUGGCCCGCAGACACCGACGAACCUAGGGACGGUGCCUUCAACAACGGCUACGUCUCUUAUGACGUCAUAAUCCCAGACUCCACGAGAUACCUGCUGCUGAGUAUCUACCUCGGCUGCGGCAUCAUGGGCAUCGUCAUCCUUGUGGCCCUCCUCGACCGCGGCAACGUCGGGGACAAGGACGUCGACCCGGCGUCUAACUUGACGUCGUGUGAGCUGGCCCUGUCCACGCUGAAGAUGUUCAAGGAUUCCAAGUGUCUCCUGCUCAUACCUCUGGUGUUGUUUGUGGGACUGGAGCAGGGCUUCAUGUUUGGCGAUUUCACGAAGUCGUACGUCAACUGCACUCUGGGAGUCCACAACAUUGGACCAAUCCUGAUCUGUUUUGGAGCCGUGAGCGCCGUAAGCUCGAUAGCCAUUGGCUACAUCGCCGAGCAUAUCAAACGCUUCCUGUUUAUAACCGCAGGUGCCACUUUCAACAUUGGUCUGCUCAUUGUAUUGUGGUUGUGGCGCCCCCAACCGAUCGAUAUCCCAAACUUCUACGUCAUAGCAGGAUGUUUGGGUUUGUGUGAUGCAAUAUGGCACACGCAAACAUACACAUUGUUCGGAGUGUUAUUCCCUCACAAACAGGAAGGGGCCUUCUCGUCAUACCGGAUGUUCCACGCCACCGGAUGUGCUAUAGCAUUUGGAUACAAUUACGUCCUCUGUGUCGAGACUAAAGUCUAUAUUUUAUCAGGAGUUCUCGCCCUUGCGCUGGCGCUGUAUUCGGUGAUUGAAAUGAAAGUUCAGCUGCAAAGCCAGUACAUUGGUGACAUUGUUGCACUUUGAUGACCUAUAUAUUUUUUCAGAUGCCAGUGUCUGAGACUAAAAUACCCGAUUACUGUUUAUUGGUAGUCAUAUAAGCGACGUGUGCUAUUCACUAAGUGCGAAAAGAUUUGAGAGAGAGAGAGGUUUAUAUCUUUAAGACUGAAACUGAUAAAAUCUUAGUUACGAUAUUGCAAUGGAAAAUGUUGACUUCUGAACAGAACGUAUUGUCGAAGUCUGUGCUACGUUAUCGUAUCUAGUAAAAUCCCAACGACAAACAGUUAUCAUGUUCAAUCAAAAUCGUAUCUCUGCACAAGCUAGAGUCAAAAAGAUGUUAUGACAAAUACCCACACUAUGGAGUUUCCAGGGGUGUGCUCUCGAAGGAUCUCCGACACCACAGAGAAAAACAUAAUGCUUUGACAAGGCCGUGACUGCUCCCGGGAAUCGUUGCCAGUUGUUUUCGCACAUAGGAGGACUACCACUUUGUAGGAGGACUGCCACUCCUAGGACCGAUUCAUGCAAGUUUUGAAGGAAGGAAUGUAUGUUUAACGACACCUAAGCACACUUUAAACUACGGUCAGUUAGUCUCUAACGUGGUUAUUUCGACACGACUGGUAUGUCAAAGGCUGUUAUUCAUUGCCGCUAGUGGAGACUGUAUCAAAAUUACUCAAAUGUUUGACAUCCAAUAGGCGGUGAUUAAUUAAUCAAUGUGCUUUAGUGAUGUCGUUAAAAAUAUAUAUAAAACAAAAUUUUAACUUGGUAAACUAUGCCAUGAAGAAACGUGUUAUGCCGUCUUGUUUAAUUGAUAGUAGCUCUGAAGAAAGUUAAUGAUCGCCAGUGCUCAACUUGGUCUAGUGCCCUCAUUAGAUAGGUGUACACCCCGCCAAUCCGCCAUCCAUAUCAGGCUAGUUUACACUGACGUCAGAAUAUGGCAGCAAUAGGGUUUGAUGGGUAUGGGAGAUAUUAGUCCACCUUACAACUGACGGAGGAGGCUGGGCAACGCAUAUUUUGGUCACACGAGUUUCAGAAUCGGGGGGGGAAAAACGGUCUGAUCACAUCCCCGCUUCUGACAUCUGUACUGUAUACGGACAAUAUAGUACCACUUUAAUAAAUAAUUAUUGUGGCUAUAAAAUGUAUCUGUGAUGUUUGAAGUUAAUGAAUAGUACCGAACUGAUGGCUGUGCCAUUUUGGUUAUUGAACAUAAUAUUACAUUAAUAUUAUUAAUAAUAUAUUUAAAGAUAUUGCACAAACAUCUAUAUCAUUUUACUAGCGCAUAUACAAUGUAUAUAUAUAUAUAUAUUUAUACCGCUAAUAUGCAUUUAAUAAUUCAUCACCUGUUUCUAGUUCUUUCAUGAUAUAUAUUAUAUGCAUUAUUCUAUGACGCUUUGUUUUGUCGAGCCUAUAUAAUAUUUUAUUCUGAACGUAUAGUAAGCGAACAGGUAUAACCCGUCAUAUCCUCUAGAAAAUUAUCAAUACACUGUUUGGGAUUUUAUGGAAUUAUAUGACAACAAUUUAAAAUGUAGUUGUUUGUUACUCGACAAAUACAGCCUAUUCCCAGGGAGUGUGUCAAAAAUAGACAAAUGGGUUGAAAAAACAUCAUAUGGGGCCAUAGAGAUGUUGCCAUAUAUCAUGUUUAGAACAUUUAAAAGUUAAAACUAUAAGGCUUGUGACAUUAAUGGUCAUUAUGUCAUCAUGAGUAAUUUAAAUACAAUGGAAAGCGGUGAACCAUUAUGAUUAUUACUGAAAAAGUAUAUGUGGGACCAAAAGAAACGCAAAAUGUGUUUUAACGUUUGAAUGAUAAAAUAAAAGUGGGGGUUGAAGUUUGAUGCACACUGAACAUUGUGAAAAUAACUGUAAAGAGGCAUCUUCGCAAGCCAAGGUACUAUUACGUGUUAUAGGUAGUACUAAACCAAAUAACGUCCGGCUGGGUCAGAGUUCGAGGUGAUAGAGAAGAUAACACCACAAGUCCUGUGAUUGGUGAUACAUGUGAGUGAUAAAUUACGAGUAUAGCUAUUUAAUACACGGCCAUUUAAUUUAAAGUAAGUGCACUAUUAUCUAGAAUGACAUCGGCAUUGCAAUUAAUGAAUAAAGGAAAGGAAUACACUUGCAUUAUGACACUUUAUUUGUAUUAUUUGAUAACUAUUUUACUGAUUGCAUGCCUGCUGUGGAUGAAAGGGAUAGUAUUUUUUAAGGACUAAUUAUCUUUUAAUACUUUUAUGAUCUUUUAGGCUCAUUUCACUCCCCAUCCAGGCUCAAAUCACUCCCCUAUCUAAAUUACAAUUAUAACUAUUUAAUACACGUCCUUCUAAUAGUAGCGUCUUCAAUUCUUAAAUUAGUGGUAACUAGUGAGUUAUUAGGAAUAAGUAACUGCAUAUUUGAGUACAUCGCUUAGACAAAUGUAAGCAGUUUCAGGUAAACAAAAUAAAUACUAGUUUGUCAAUUAAAUACCAGCUGUUACUUAUAUUGUUUACAUUGUAAUUCAAUUUAUACGUUGUCAUAGUUAUCUUCCGAGAAUAGUUUUUUUUGCAGAUGAUUAAACUUGGUGAAAAACA